CUCUGCAUUCCCUGGGAUCCCACAGCAGGCGCCUGAACGUCAUCACGACCGCCCCAAGGGCCGUGCUAUCGAAAAUAAUUAAGUGUUCUUAAUUCCGUCAGCCAAUCACCGACCGCUUUUCAAUUUAAACCGUCCAACCGCUGACAUGGAAUCUUCUGUUACGAGUACUUGGGCCGCUAAGUGUACUUAAGUGAGUUAUAUUACGGCCUCGGGUGGGGAAGGUCAUCCAUCAUUUGAGUCCAGGCUCUAGCAUAUGGGGGAAGGGGGCCUCGUGCAUGAUUAUUUCCAUACUUAUUUAAAGGUUUGCUAUUUGGGGGAAAUGUUGGGAGUCUCAUUCACGAUAAUUUUUAUAUUUAAAGGUUUUGGCAUAGGCCCUUUCGUCGGCAAGCAUUUAAAUAUGCAGAAAUUCAAAUUCCCGAAACUAGUGAAGAAAGGUAGGGGAAUUCCAAGAUACAUUCACUCGUUAUAAUUUUUUAUAAAAUUUGCAUAUUGAAGAAGUAAAUCGCAAUUGAUGAAUUUAUCAAAUAUGGUCACUAUCAUUCUAAAUGCUAAUAUUGUUGCAAAUUUGGUGGCACAAAUGUUAAUGAAGUUAUCCAACUUCAAUUUAAUUAUAUUCCAUCAACUUGCUGUCAAUAAUUGAAUAGAUAAUUGCAACUUCUGGCAUUGUGAAAAGAGCAUGGGUUUCGUUGUCCGCGUUAAAAACUCACUUAAAUGCUCGUGUUCCAUUUAUUUGUCGUGGCAAUGGGUAAUGCUAUGAAUAGAGCGAUUUUCAAAUGAUAGGUGAUCGAUAGAAACAUGAUAUCGUAACCUCAAACACCAACUCUUCGCUGUUUUUUUUUUUUUGAGGGGGGAAAGAAAAGCUUUUUUUGUGACCGUAAGUGAUAACUUGCCCGCGGAAAAGCUAAGGAGACAAACGCACCCAAUUGCUUAUGCACGAAUACCAACAGCGACUCGCAGCCCGACACUCUCCAGAACUCCUGUUACAAAUUUUAAUAGCUGAUUUACAUGUCAUAAUUCACUGGUUACUUUGAUAGGCAAGGAUUUGAAAAGUUCUGUUGUCCAGUUAAUGUCAUCGUUUAGUUCUUAGCGAAUCUGAAAGUUCAUAGUUGUGGAAAUGUGAAGUUAUAUAGCACAGUCUUUGUCUCUUAAUCGUCCGAAAAAUGAGUAACUUCCUCUUGAAAGCGAUGCAAAUAGGUUAGUCAUGCGUAACUGGCCAUAAAUUCUAGAAGUACAAGAAUCAUUCUCGUACACAAUAUUGUGGGGUUUACCAAAUACCGAAGUUAAGAAACCGACCUUUAUACGCGCACAUGUUAGUGAUGUUACCGUAUUUACGAUUGAUUAAUUAAUCUUCGUACCAAGCAUGGACCUACAAGUUUGAUCGGUGGAAAGUCUCUCAUUUAUAUACUAUUCAGGUACUUAUAACCUGAUAGUCGUGAAGAUGAAGGCAUUACGGCGCCUUCUGCCCCCACCACGUACAGCGCUCACAUCGCAGGUGAGACGUUGCUCCGGCACCGACAGCGACGCUGGGGAGGCUCGGCUGGAGGAGCUUCUGAAGACGCGCUUCCCUACAGCCUCCGCCGUCCGCGUACAGGACAUCUCCGGUGGCUGCGGGUCAAUGUAUGAAGUCUGGGUAGAAUCUUCCGACUUCCAAGGACUGAGUCGCGUGAAGCAACACAGACUUAUUACAGAGGCGCUCGCCGAGCAGAUCAAGGACAUGCACGGGCUCAGGAUCUCCACGUCAGUCCCAGAAUCUUGAUCCUAUCGUUGAUCCUGAUGAGCAGAUCACUCUCUCCUGGUGAUCUUGCUGAUCAUUAGAUCUUCUUCUGGUGAUCUUACUGACCGUAGUAGGAUCACCUAAUUAAUUAACACCACCCACUGCUGUGCGCUUCUUUUUGCAGGCGCACAGAUGACGCCUCUGCAUGGGGUCAUCUUUGGUCUCAUUUCUUCCACUUCUAAAACGAUUAAUCAAUUUGUAGGUUGAUGAUUUAUUUGAGGCACUGUCACCAUAAACUUGUCCAAGAGAGUCAAUAAUUUAGCUGUUCUUCCACCCAAACUUCACCAUGAAUUUGAUGUUGAAGCUGGCCUCGAUUUCAGCAGAUGCCAUGUUGCAUGAACGGUUGUUGCAGAUAAAGCAGAGCCCCCGUUUGUAACAUUAAUUUAAGGGUUCUUGUGAUAACACGUCAUAUAACAUUGGUUCACGAUUGUUUUUGUGCAACAACAUAGUAUUCUUUUGAUAUAAUUUUAAGUCAUGGCCAUUUUCACGAAGUUUUAAAGAUCCCUCGUAUUAGCUUUAAUUUCAGGUUGCGCUAGGUCCAGGUGGAGUUUUUUGCACCUUUCAGGUUUUUUUUAAUAAAUAAAUUUGGUCAAUGUGGUAUGGAUUCAAUGUAGUAUAUUGCACUCGCAAGGCAGCUAGUCGCGAAAGGGUUAAUACAAUCAGUUACUUUAUCAAAUAUUCUCCCAAAGCUGCUGAAUUAUAUUUUAUUUUGGCUAGAAGAAUAUCUACGGCUAACUAUUAACAGUGAACUGUUGCUGUCGAGGGCGAUUUCCCGUAGCUAAUAACAUCAGAGGUCGUAGUAUCAGAAAUAUUUACAAGUUCGUAACUCCGUCAGUCAAUAACUGACGGUUUUUCGAGCUAGACCCUCCAAUCACAGACGAGAAAUUGGCGCUACCGUACGUGUACUUAAGCCGCUAUGU